CGUUUGUGCAGUAAGUAAAAGUGCACUUCUGGCCACGAGUGAAGCGGCUUGCACGGAAACGAUCGCCCUUCGACAGCACGUGUGCCCUUUGUUGCGUGUGAGCAGCAGCUAAUUGUUGCUCGUUAUCAGUUCGCACUGUGCCCCCCUUUCCGCCCCAGCGUCACGUCACUGACUUGCGGUGGUCCAUUGUUCAUUCUGCCCGUGGCCCCCCGCAGUUGCAUUACUUUUUCCCGACUGCACAACGCGGCUCUCUCGUGCACCGCGCUCCUGAUUGAGUUUUCUCUUUAUCCGCAACAGCGGCGGCUCGGACGGAACGAUUCAACAGGAAAUUCCGCUACACCAAGGAUAACGAGCGGCGGCGCCGCCGAAGCGAGGGAACCACAAGGACGUCGUCGGCUGUGAAUCCUUGCGGCCGUGGAAGUGAAAAGCCCUCGCUGGGCUCGCCUUCUCGCUCGCGCACCAUCGGUGGCCACUAAACAAAAAACAUCUGUUCCGCCGGGUGGCCCCUUACCCCGCUCCUCUCCAGCAGCUGGUCGGCCGCGCACUUGACACUCCGAGGAAAGAGAAACCCAACCCGACGAGACCAACGAUGAGCCGCCUGUUCAGUAGUAGCUCGGUGCUCGGCGCGGCCGGAAGCAAAAUGGCAUCGUUCGGCAAGGUGACUCACUGCAUCUUCGAUAUGGAUGGACUGUUGCUGGACACGGAAGUUCUCUAUACGCAGGUAACGCAAUCGAUCGCCGAACCGUACGGCAAGACGUACACGUGGGAGAUCAAGCAAUCGAUCAUGGGCCUGCAACGGGACGAGGCGGCGGAAGCGAUCGUGGCCGCACUCGAGCUGCCCCUCACGCCGGCGGAGUACGUGGAGGUUUCCAACGAUCUCAUCAACCGCACCAUGGAGCAGUGCCAACUGAUGCCAGGAGCGGAACGCUUGGUACGGCACCUGCACCGGCACAACGUACCGAUCGCGUUGGCCACCAGCUCCGGUGUGGAUUCGGUCGAGGUGAAAACGAAGAACCACCGCGAGCUGUUUGAGCUGUUCGGCCACAAGGUGAUGGGUUCGUCCGACCCGGACGUGAAGGAAGGCAAACCGGCGCCCGACAUCUUUCUGGUGGCGGCAUCGCGGUUCGCGGACAGCCCGCCGCCCGAUCGCUGCCUGGUGUUUGAGGACGCACCGAACGGUGUGACGGCGGCCAUCGCGGCGGGAAUGCAGGCCGUGAUGGUGCCAGACCCGCGCGUCGAGGAGGACCAGCGCAAGCACGCGACGCUCGUGCUGCGCUCGCUGGAAGACUUUCAGCCGGAACAGUUUGGCCUGCCGCCCUUCAGCACGUGAUUAGAUUGACGGUUGAAUUCGAGAGCUCGCGCGCCAGCCCGCCGGGUCCCGAGCUCGCUGCGCGAGAUGACCGGAACACCCAGCAGCCUGCACACCCGCCGAGGAUCGUUUGUUUGUUGUUGAACCGCGAGAAGAGCGUCCCAGCGCGGACACACGGAUUCGCGGCCCGUCCGAUUCCUUCUGUUUUAUAGUGAUGUUCGAAUGAGCUUCUUUGUAGUUAGUAAAUGGAUGUCGAGCGGUGCGCGUACUUGACGAAGGCCACGCUAAAAAUACAUAUGUUUUACUGGAAACCGAGCGAGCGAGCG